AUGAAUUGUCUAGUCGAAUUGUUCCAGGAUCAUGUCUCGGCAAACCCUGAUGCCAUUGCCUUGGAAGACAGUACCGAACCUGGCCUCUCCCAACAGUUGACUUACCGAGAACUCGAUGCGGCAUCCGACAGCCUGAGCAUCGAGUUAGCAAAUAGAAUCGAGAGCACCCUUGACCGGGUAAACCCCGGCUUAAUCAUAACGACCAAGCCGGAUGUGCUGUCGGCCACCUCAGAGCAGUAUCAUAUACUGCAUAUUCGGCCAGAUGGAGGCAGUUUCAAAUUUUUGGCAAGCCAAGCUGCUUCGUCCGCCAUCACACCACAGAAUGCGGAUCUGCAGAGUCAGAGCGGCUCUGUCGAGGAGGACUGGGCUUACCUCAUCUUCACGAGCGGAAGCACAGGGAAGCCAAAAGGGGUCAUCGUAAAACAGAAGUCGAUAUCGACGCUUGUGACGGAACGCAACCCUCACCUGCCAUUCAACUUGAGUGCCGGACCGGAGGACAGGGUGCUUCUGAUAUUUUCUUUUGCAUUUGACGCCUGUGCAUACGUUAUCUUGUCUACGCUCUGCAACGGUGCCACACUCGUCCUUUCGAGCCCUGUAACGUUAGCGGACGUUGCAAAUACUUGCACAAUAUGGAUCACCACACCCAGCAUCCUCUCAGCCAUGGACCCAACGAGAGGUUACAAGAACGUCAAAUGGAUCAUCAUGGGUGGUGAAUCGCCGACACCGUCGCUGAUCAAGAACUGGAGCGUCCCAAACCGAAGGCUCAUCAACGCCUACGGCCCUACCGAGGCCACCUGCGUGGUCUCCAUGGCCGAGAUGCGUCCUGACGAGCCCAUCACGAUGGGCUGGCCAAUUCCCUACUGCAAGGUGCUCCUCGUGGAUGCAGACGACAACGAAGCCGACGAGGGCGAGAUGAUCUUAGGCGGCCCAGGGAUCGCAGUCGGCUACCUAGGGGACGAGGAGCUGACCCGCAAGAUGUUUAUCCGGCGCAACGGGGAGACCUUCUACCGGACGAAGGAUUACGCCAAGCGGACCAAAGAUGGCUAUGUCUUCUGUGGGAGGAAGGACGGGGUUGUCAAAAACCGCGGCUUCCUGGUAAACCUAGAGAGCGAGGUCGAGCCAGCCAUGAUGAGCUCGAGCGGGGACGAGCCAUCGCUCAGGGUCCAACAAUGCGCCGCAAUCAAAUCACCCGAGGGCUCGCUGGUCGGCUUUGUGUCCCCAGCAGGCACGGCGGAGAGCCUCCGGGAGCGGAUGCUCGAGCACUACUCGGCCUUCCUAGUCCCUGAUAUCAUUCACGGGAUCGAGUCCUUCGCACUGACUCCAAACGGCAAGAUCGACCGGAAGGCACUGCUCGUUCUGCACGAGAAGACUCAGCUGCCGCAGUUCCUAAACGCGGACAUUUUCCUGCAGCACGUGCGGGACCAAGGGAAAUCGAUUACUCCCCUGGAGGCUGUGAGGCAUGCUAUCUGUACGGUGCUGAGAGUCGUACAGGCACGUAUGGGAGAUGAUGCCUCGUUCCGCGCUUUGGGUGGACACUCGCUUGCUGCGGUGAUGCUGGUGUCUACACUCAGAAAGCUCGGCUUCCUCACGGAUGUCGCGACAAUUUACGGCAAAGAUACGGUGGCUGCUAUAGCAUCAGCGUUGGAGAGGACGGAGAUCGACUCAGGGGAGAGAUUUUCUUUGGAGGCUACCGAAACCGAUCGAGCGAGCUUCCGGGAGGCCCUGUCAAUUCCCAACGGCGAGCUGGAAGAUGUGCAAGUCUUCCCCGCCACCGACAUGCAGACUCGCAUGAUCAGGGGAACAGUCGCAAGCCCAUCUAUGAACUUCCUCAAGAUGAGCAUGACGUUUGAUCAUCCGAAAGCGGACCACGCAGUAUUCCUCCACGCUCUCCACCAAGCAUGGAGUGCUUUGGUCAAGAAACACUCAAUUUUGCGUACGUCAUUUCGCCUUGACAGCCUAUCUGAGCCAGUUCAGGUCCUGAAUGCGGCUCAUAGGAUUCAGUGGGAGGAAGCGACGGUCGACUCAGAGAUUGAAUGGGAGACGACAAAAGACAAUACAGCCCGUUUCCAGCCCGAGGAGCUCACCUCAUUUGAUGAACGAGACGUCCACGCGCUGUCCAGAUUCCAGGUCAUCAGCAUCCCCGGGGAAAAGUCACGAGUGGUUUGGACAGUUCACCAUGCGCUGAUAGAUGGCUGGUCCGCGAGCUUCGUGCUCCAUGACCUAUGGGAACUGCUACACGGAAUCCAGGAGGCUCAGGCCCCAUGCCCACAGUUCUACGACGCGGCCUGGUGUUUGCGCAAUCUGACGAGGAGGGACUCAGGGUCAGCGAAAGCAUUCUGGAAGGACUUGCUCCAUGUCCAGAGCCAGAAUAUCCCUCGUCUUCGCCUUGCUCCGCCCUCGGCAGAGGCACCCAAGCCGCGCCCGCAGGCGGAACUUCAUCGCAGAAUGUCUGUGCCGAUGAGUCAACUGAUCGACGCCGCGAAAGAGCGUGGAGUGACCACAGCCGCAAUCGUGUAUAGUGCAUGGGCGAUUCUGCUCUCCAGAUAUUGUGACUCCCAAGCCGUCGUCCUCGGCGCAGUUCUUUCCGGGCGAAGCCUCGCGUUAGACGGUGUCGAGGAGAUCGUCGGGCCUUUGGUCAACACGUUGCCCAUGCCAGCCGCAGUCGAUACCGGCAUGGCCAUGACAGAGUUCCUGCAGCAGACCUUCCAGACACUCUGCCGCGUUCUCGACUUCCAGUGGACGCCCAACUCGCUUAUCCAGGAGGCCACCGGCUUCAGGGGCACAGAAUAUUACGACACGCUCUUGGCAAUCCAGUAUGACUUCCCAGAAACUGAAUGGCCUGACAACAAGCCGCAACUGUGCUCGCCGCCCUACGAUGUGUCAUAUGUCGAGACUACGGAGAUGCCUCUGACAGUCAUGCUGGAUGUGGUUCACGGGCAUCUGGACGCGAGGUUUAUGUACCAGGCAUCUCACUUUGGCGAGGAGACGGUCGAGCGUAUGACACGCCACUUCGAAAACAUCUUGGUUGCUUUCCUCGACGCCUGCUUUGAGGACCCACGGCAGUCUGGACAAACUGUUGGCGACAUCUCUAGCCUCAUGCUGGGGCGUGAAGAACUACAAGAGCGCCUGAACUGCACUGGCAAAGAGCUUGAGGAGCCCUACCAAGGCCCAGAGACUCUAUCCGAGGCGUUUGAGGACUCAUUGAAGGCGCACGGAGAUCUUGUUGCCGUUGAAGGCCUAAUCAAGAGCCUGACGUAUCGCGAGCUGGAUACAAAGACGGCCCACAUCUCUAGAGUGCUGAGAGAACACGGAGCCAAGCCUGGGAAGAUUGUCUGUGUCGUUGCGGACGGGUCUGUUGAGUGGCUCUUGGCAAUCAUGGCCGUCGUCAGAACUGGUGCUGCGUAUUGUCCGAUCGACCACAAGCUUCCGUGGGAGCGGCAGCAAUACAUGAUAUCUGUUUGCUCGCCGCCAGUGGUGCUCUUCCCGAACACAUCAUCCAGGGAAAGCUCGGCCCGGUUUGGCGUGCCAAUUCUGUCCGACGUGCAGACGAUACUCUCGGUUGAUGAUACGAAUGAACUUCCAGUGGAUCACACUGGCGGGUAUGGAUUCCCGAAGGCUGUCCAACUCCAACACAAAGGGAUCCUCUCCCUCUUGAGCCAUGCCCCAGCAAGACUCUACUCCAAGCCCGGCCAGCGCAAUGCCCAGCUGCUAUCCCUCGGUUUCGACUGCUGCGUCAAGGAAGUUUUCUCCAGCUUGCUUUACGGAGCGACACUCGUGCUGAAAGAUGCUUCAGACCCCCUGGCACACUUGUCCAAGGUUGACGCCACCGUGGGCACCCCGUCCUUGAUUUCCAGCCUUGAUCCCGCUCAAUACCCCAACAUGAAGAUUAUCACACUUGUUGGUUACCUCAACAACGAACAAGAAACCAAAACGCGCUUCCUGCGAGACCCCUUCCGCGAGGGCUGGACGAUGUUCCGGACGGGUGACAUGGGCCGCUGGCUCGAGUCCGGAGACAUCGAGUACAUCGGCCGCAACGACAACCAGGUCAAGGUGCGGGGCUUCAGGCUCGACCUCGGCGACGUGGAGGCUUCCAUCCUGCGCGUCGCCCCGGACAUCGACAACGUCGCCGUGGUGGUGGCCGGAGGCACCCUCCGAGCGUUUGUGACGCCGGAGAGCGUGGACACCGACCAGCUCCUGCAGCUGCUCCGGCGGCACUUGCCAGAGUACAGCACCCCGAAUAUCAUCACUGCGCUGAAGGAGCUGCCGGUUUCGCGCAACGGCAAGGUCGACAGGGCCCAACUGGCGGAAAUGCGGUUGGAGCGUGAUGCCGGCCUGCAGCCACUGGACUCCCAGACGGAACGAGAUGUUGCCGGCGUCUGGGCCGAGCUGCUUGGAAGGGACUUGGAAGAAAGCCCUAUCGGCGCAUCGGAUGGGUUCUUCGAGAUUGGAGGUCACUCUCUCCUCCAGAUACGUCUGGCACAAAGGCUUUCGAAGCUGUGGGGGACUAAAGUGCCACUGAGGAUUGUCAUUCGCCAUCAGAUUCUGCGUGGCCUAUGUCAGGCCCUGGACGAGCAUCUAGGGCGGGAGCACAGCAUGCCAUCGGGAAAGAAGCUGCCUGCAGUGGAAGAUGACGACUGCCCAAAGCGCUUUGUUGACACCAAGAAGUCCGUGAGGCCGGAAAAGCUACCAGCUUCAUAUUUGGAGCAGGAAAUGGUACUCAACCAACUCUUGUGCGAGGGGUCGCCGAUGUGGAACAUUGUGUACUCAUGUAACGCGUAUGGCCCUCUGGAUGUGCAACGCCUGGUCACGGCAUACCGGCGCAUGGUGACAAAGCACGAAGUGCUACGCUCCCGGUUCCAUGUUGAGACUGACGGCACAGUGACCCGCUCGAUCCGGCCUGCUGGAGAAUGGAAGCUGGAAAAUCACACAUGCACGCAACACGAGGUUGACGAGUUCGUUUCCAAAACGGUUCAGCGCCCAUUGGACCCUUUCAAAGAACCGCUAUUCCAGAUACACACCGCCAGCAUAACCCCGUGGAAGACAACCAUCAUCGUCGUUAUUUCUCACAUCAUUGGCGACGGCCCAACCUUACACUACGCCCUGAGGGACAUCUCAGCUGAGUACGGACGGCUUGCGAUCACAGAUGGCUUGGAUAAAAUCCCAGCGUCUGCCUCCCCGCCAGCAUCUUCUCUGAACUACCUCGACUGGUCUUCAUGGGCAAGUGACGCCCUACUCAGGUCCCCCAAUGAUGACACAGCGUGCUUCUGGAAAACGCACCUCUCCACCCCAGAAGUAUGCCGUCCGCUCGGCCAGCCUCCCCAACCUCACAGCUACCGCGGCCGCACACGCACCUGGACCGUCCGACCACAGCACCACAGACGCCUAGCCGCGCUGAGCCUCGCCCACGGCAUCACCAUGCACCAGCUAGCGCUCGGCACGACGUUCCUCGCGCUGCAGAGCAUCCAGCCCCACCCCGCCCGGGGCCCAGUGACCGUUGCUCUCGGGGCCCCGAUGACGAUGCGCACCGAGGUCGGCACCGAGGACAUGCUGGGGAUGUUCCUGGACCGGCUCGUCGUGCCGCUGACCUGGGACUUUGGACAAUCUUCCGGCGCCGGCGAUAGAACGCCUAGAGACUCAGGCUCGCUGGGUGACUUCCUCGAAAUGGUCGGGGACCGCAGCAGGGCCGCCCUGGCGCACUUUGUCCCCCACCGGGUGCUCCGGAAUAUCCUGCGGGAGUCAUCAUCACAGGACCUUGCGGCCAACAGGGCCGAGCCGAGCCUGGCGUGGCCGCUGUUCCAGGUCAUGGUGUCGUUCCACACGGCGGUGGAGACGGCGGGGGGCCGGCUGAGGCUGGAAGGUGUCGAGACCGUGGAGCACGAGGAUGCCCGACCCCAGUGCGCCAAGUUCCCUGUCAUGGUUGAAUUCACGGAUAAGGGCGACCGGGGAUUACAGGUCGAGUUGGAGUGCGCUGAUGGGCUGCUGGUCGAGGAGAGGGUGGUCAGGCUGGAGAGUGCCCUGGCGCUGGUCCUGGAGCUGAUCGGGGGAGGUGCGAGCAUCGAUGGGAUCAUGCGGACUAUUACAGAUACCGCGGUCAGGCAGGAUGACAGGCUGCCUACGCCGCAGUCGGAGAGGGAGUCACUCAACUAUAAGCAGGAGACGAGGGGGAGCGCAGGUAGCAGAAACGAUGACGGCAGGGCGUUGGCUAUCAAGGAAGCUGUGGCAGAGUGCCUUGGUUGUUCCCUGAAGAGUUCCAAUGGCCCUGAGACAUUCUGGGAGCUGGGUGCGAGUAGUAUGGACGCACUGGCCCUGCAGAAGCUGUGCGAAAAGAAGGGCGUAGAAGUGGAUCUGAGGGCAAUGUUUGGGACGCCGGACAUCACGACAUGGUAG